GGCCGUAAAGCACGCGUGGAGCCGCCUCCGCGGAGGCUGCCGAUCUAGCUGCCAUGGCGGACAUGGAGGACCUCUUCGGGAGCGACGCCGACAGCGAGGCGGAGCGCAAAGACUCUGACUCUGGAUGUGAUUCAGACUCGGAGCAGGAGAAUGGUGCUUCUGGCAGUAAUGCCUCUGGAAGUGAAAGUGACCAAGAUGAAAGAGGUGAUUCUGGACAGCCGAGCAAUAAGGAGCUGUUUGGAGAUGACAGCGAGGAGGAGGGAGCGUCUCACCACAGCGGCAGUGACAAUCACUCUGAACGAUCAGACAAUAGGUCAGAGGCUUCAGAGCGCUCUGACCAUGAGGAUAAUGACCCCUCCGAUGUCGAUCAGCACAGUGGGUCUGAAGCCCACAAUGAUGAUGAGGAUGAGGGUCACAGAUCGGACGAGGGGAGCCAUCACUCAGAAGCAGAAGGUUCUGAGAAAGCACAGUCAGAUGAUGAGAAGUGGGACCGAGAAGAUAAAAGUGAUCAGUCAGAUGAUGAAAAGAUACAGAACUCUGAGGAUGAGGAACGGGCGCAAGGCUCCGAUGAAGAUAAGCUGCAGAACUCUGAGGAUGAUGAUGACGAGAAAAUGCAGAAUACAGAUGAUGAGGACAGGCCCCAGCUUUCUGAUGAUGACAGACCACAGCUGUCUGAGGAGGAAAAGGUGAAUUCUGAUGAUGAGAGGCCCGUAGCAUCUGAUAAUGAUGACGAGAAGCAGAAUUCUGAUGAUGAGGACCGGCCACAAGGAUCUGAUGAGGAGAAAAUGCAAAACUCUGAUGAUGAAAGGCCACAAGCCUCAGAUGACGAUCAAAGGCAGUCAGACGAUGAAGAGGAGCAGGACCAAAAGUCAGAAUCUGCAAGAGGCAGUGAUAGUGAAGAUGAAGUUUUACGAAUGAAGCGCAAGAACACAAUUGCGUCCGAUUCUGAAGUGGAUAGUGACGCCGAGGUGCCCAAAGCUAAUACAGAAACCAUGGAUCUAUUUGGAGGUGCCGAUGAUAUAUCUUCAGGGAGUGAUGGAGAAGAUAAGCCCCCUACUCCAGGACAGCCUGUGGAUGAAAAUGGCUUGCCUCAGGAUCAGCAGGAGGAGGAACCAAUACCCGAGACCAGGAUAGAAGUAGAAAUCCCCAAAGUAAACACUGAUUUAGGAAAUGACUUGUAUUUUGUUAAAUUGCCCAACUUCCUCAGUGUAGAGCCCAGGCCUUUUGAUCCUCAGUAUUAUGAAGAUGAAUUUGAAGACGAGGAGAUGCUGGAUGAAGAAGGGAGAACCAGGUUAAAGUUGAAGGUAGAAAAUACUAUAAGAUGGAGGAUACGCCGAGAUGAAGAAGGAAAUGAAAUUAAAGAAAGCAAUGCUCGGAUAGUCAAGUGGUCAGAUGGCAGCAUGUCCCUACAUUUAGGAAAUGAAGUGUUCGAUGUGUACAAAGCCCCUCUGCAGGGUGACCACAAUCAUCUUUUUAUAAGACAAGGUACUGGUCUCCAGGGACAAGCCGUCUUUAAAACAAAGCUUACCUUCAGACCUCACUCUACAGACAGUGCCACACAUAGAAAGAUGACUCUGUCACUUGCAGACAGAUGUUCAAAGACACAGAAGAUUAGAAUCUUACCAAUGGCUGGUCGUGAUCCUGAGUGCCAGCGCACAGAAAUGAUUAAGAAGGAAGAAGAGCGUUUGAGGGCCUCCAUUCGGAGGGAGUCGCAGCAGCGCCGGAUGAGGGAGAAACAGCACCAGCGCGGGCUGAGUGCCAGCUAUCUGGAGCCCGACCGGUAUGAUGAGGAAGAGGAAGGCGAGGAGUCUAUCAGCCUGGCAGCCAUUAAAAACCGAUACAAAGGGGGCAUUCGGGAGGAACGGGCCAGAAUCUAUUCCUCAGACAGUGAUGAAGGCUCCGAAGAAGACAAGGCUCAAAGAUUACUCAAAGCAAAGAAACUCAACAGUGAUGAGGAAGGUGAACCUUCUGGAAAGAGGAAAGCGGAAGAUGAUGAUAAAGCAAAUAAGAAGCAUAAGAAGUAUGUGAUCAGUGAUGAGGAAGAAGAGGAGGAUGACUGACGUAUAGUGUGAAGGCAUUUUAUAUAUUUAUUGUACAGCUUGUUUAUAAAUAGGAUGUAAACAUGAGUUAUUUUGAUUGAAAUAAAUUGAUUUGCAUUUGUGAAACUUUAAUUGUAAUAAAACAUUUUAAAGCAA